AUGGCCGAUUAUGAGCGCGAAGACGUCCGACAUGGAGUUGUGCCAGAUAUCGCUGGUAGUAAGUUUGGCUUGGCAUCACAGUGGGGUUUGGGAAACCAAGUCUUGGUUCAUGCAGGAGUGAGAAGACCUAAACAAGAUGAGAGCAGUGAUCUAACCACACCUCCCAGUAUUCAUAUAGUGAAAUGGGAUAUUGAUAUGCACAAUCCUGUUACAAGAAAACUUGUCAACGAAUCACACAAUGUUUUUAUAUCUUUACAAAGUCAUAACCCAGAGCAAGCUGACACAGUCAGAAAACCACAGCUGGUGAAAUUCAGUCGUCAUUAUCGGUCAGUACAGAGAGCUUGUGUACUUGAGCUACAGCUAAAAGGUGAUGCUGCUGAAGAUGAGGAGAAGAGACAAAUUUACUAUGCUCAGUGUCAAGUGUUUUCGAUGAUAGAAUUGAUAUGGAGUCUUUGUGAAAUAUUAUUUGUUGAAGUACUACCCGGUGGCGUAAUAUUAAAUCAGUUAUUAGAUUGGGUAUCGUGGCAUUUCACACAGGGAGAUGAGUUAGCAACUGCUGUCAUGUCUUCAUCCAGCCCGCAUACGCAUGAAAGUUACUGGCCAGCUAUUUAUAUUUAUGUUCUGCAAGGAAGAAUUGAUGAUGCUCGUAAAUUAUUGUCAAUACAUCCUGACAGACAACGUGAUGUCAAUGAUCUGUAUGGUAUGACAGAUGAGUUGUUACGAAAGAUGCCAAUGUUCACCGUAGUGGGAAGACAGUCGGUCGCAGAGUUUGAUAUGAAAUGGCGUCAUUGGCAAGAUCAGUGUCAGCAGUGCCUAGAAGAUGGAUUAUUUGAUUCUCACAACAAUCUUUCCAUUAUCUGCAGAAUUCUUGCUGGUGAUAACAGAGUAUUCUCUGAGUUGAAAGAUUUGACCCAGUCCUGGUAUCAGAUGCUAGUAGCUAAACUUUUAUACAAUAAUCCAACUAUUAAAACAUUUGAUAUUCACUAUCAUGCCCAGGAAUGUAUUGAUGACUAUGGUGGAAACAGUCAUCUCAGUACGCUGGAUAAUAUACUCCUGUCUGCAUUAGAGUUUGAUAUUCACCAAGUGAUCAGAGAAAGCAGUGCUCAUUUGAAUAAUUGGUGGUUUGUAGCUCACCUAACAGAUCUAUUAUAUCAUUGUGGCCAACUGGAGUCGCAUAAUUUGAAUUUUGGUUCCAAUUUGAGAGAAUUCUUACUACUGGAGUAUGCAACAAGUCUGAUGUCACAUGAAAGUUUGUGGCAGAUUGGUAUGGAUUAUCUAGAUCAUUGCCCAGAAGUUGGAAGACAUUAUUUAGAACUGUACAUUGAAAGAAUACCUAUACAGACUGAAAGAAAGGCUCUGAAAGUACUGAGAGCAUGUGAAAAAAGAGGCAUGGAGCUGCAAGCUCAUAGCAUAUGUAAAGAGAUGGGUAUGAAAGCAUUACAGAAUGAUCGAUUGGGGACGGCAUUAUCGUGGUGUAUACGUUCAAAAGAUAGAGCCUUUGCUACAUUCCUAUCAGAGAAGUUCUUAUCAGAGUACAGUAGCAGAGGUGGAUUUUCAAAUCUGGAUCUCAUAGAUAAUCUAGGGCCAGCUAUGCUCCUCAGUGAUAGACUCACAUUCCUUGGUAAAUACAGAGAAUUUCAUAAGAUGUAUGAGCACGGUGAAUUCAGAGAAGCGGCCAAUCUAUUGCUGUCAUUGUUAUCUGCCAAACUAGCACCACAGAAAUUUUGGUUAACUCUUUUGACGGAUGCUUUACCAUUACUAGAAUGUGAUCAAGUUGUAUUUAGUUCUCAUCAGACAUAUGAUUUGAUGCACUGUCUGGAGGAAAUCACUCUAUCAUUCCAAUCUACACAGUACUUGGAUAAAGAUGACAAACAAAGAACACAGGGUCAGAGAGAGGCGGAUCAAGAGAAGAUAGACUUGUUACGAUUAGCGUUGGCAAGGAAUCUGUCAAGGGCCAUACUACAUGAAGGAACUGAAAUAGAAGGAAUAUAGAGAAAUGUGAAUUGUAUACUGCCCUCUAUGGCAACAAGAUUCAUACUACUGAGAUAGAGGGAAGACUGUCAUGUAAAUUGUAUACCGCCCUCUAUGGAAACGAGAUUCAUAUUACUUGUACUGAAAUAUCGGGAAUAUCAUCCUCAGGGCAGAGCUACGUCACAAGCCAUUCUACCAUAAUUUCUAUGGACUCUGCGCGAGCCGGUGAAAGCGGCUAAAUUCGAGAAAACAGCACAAAAUCAACUUUGAAGUAAUCUUGGCUAAUCGCGUUACACUGUUCAGAGGAGUCUCAACAACCAUCCCAAAGUACCGUUUUUCACCGUGAUGGUUGCCAGGAUGUCUGCCCCCGAGAAUUGAGAAGGUUGUCAAUAACAUUACUUUUAUACCGCCCUCUGUGCCCAGCUGAAGUCAAUUCAGGUUGCAAAAUAGUACAUGUAUAUUAUUGUAUCGUAAAGACAGAAAUUAAAAGUUGAAUAUUUCCAACAAUUGAA